UUCAUCUUAGACAUAACUAUACUAUGCACUUGCAGACAGUCGAUUGAUAUUUGGUGAGAUAGUGUAAAAUGCUGUGAACCGGUCUUGCCUUCUGACCAGGUUGUAAACCAGAUAGACCUAAUUGUGUUUUAAGUCUCGCCCAAGGAUUCGAACCAGGGCGAAAUUUUGCAAGAUGGCCGAUACAGAGCUCGACGUAGAUAAUUUAAUUUCUCGCUUAUUAGAAGUGCGAGGAUGUCGACCAGGAAAGAGUGUACAGAUGACAGAAGCAGAAGUUCGGGGCUUAUGUCUCAAGUCUCGGGAAAUCUUUUUGCAACAGCCUAUCCUCCUUGAACUAGAGGCUCCCCUAAAAAUCUGUGGUGAUAUCCACGGACAGUACACAGACCUGCUGCGGCUGUUUGAAUAUGGCAGCUUCCCUCCAGAGUCCAACUACCUGUUCCUCGGAGAUUACGUAGAUCGCGGCAAGCAGUCACUUGAAACUAUCUGCCUUCUACUGGCUUACAAGAUCAAGUAUCCAGAGAACUUCUUCCUGUUAAGAGGCAACCAUGAGUGUGCAUCAAUCAACAGAAUUUAUGGUUUCUUUGAUGAGUGUCGACGAAGGUACGGAACGAAACUCUGGAAGACAUUCACAGACUGCUUCAAUUGUCUUCCCAUUGCUGCCAUUAUUGAUGAAAAGAUAUUCUGCUGCCAUGGAGGCUUGAGCCCUGACCUUCAGAGCAUGGAACAGAUCCGUCGUAUCAUGCGGCCCACCGACGUACCUGACACUGGUCUACUGUGUGACCUAUUAUGGUCAGACCCUGACAAAGACGUGCAAGGCUGGGGCGAGAAUGAUCGUGGCGUUUCAUUCACAUUUGGCGCUGAUGUUGUCAGUAAAUUCUUGAAUCGUCAUGACUUGGAUUUAAUAUGCAGAGCGCAUCAAGUUGUUGAAGAUGGCUACGAGUUCUUUGCUAAGAGGCAGUUGGUCACAUUGUUCUCGGCCCCAAAUUACUGUGGGGAGUUUGAUAAUGCUGGAGGGAUGAUGUCUGUAGAUGAAACAUUGCUCUGCUCCUUUCAGAUCUUAAAACCAUCAGAGAAGAAGGCGAAGUACCAAUACAGUGGACUAGCCCAAAACCGUCCCAACCCUCCUAAUCGGCAACAACGGCCGCAGCAGAAAAAAUAGUUUGGGUGUCGAAAAUAAGAGGUGAGCCUAAGUGGUGUUUGUAAUAGCAGCAGUGGCAGUGGUUGCAAUUGACGUUUCGUCACUUGCGUCGAAUGGCUGCUUUCUCAGUACAGUACACGAUAAAAACGACAGCAGUCCUCUCUAAACAAGAUGCUCAUCGUCUAAGAGGGCCUUACCUUUAUAUUGGAGCGGUCACUGAAGAUAGACUAUAGAAGCAAAAUAUUUUCCUCAGUAGUAUUAUAAGUGGCAGAUAAUCAGUAGUGUGAUGUUAACAAUACUGGUAAUUUGCGCAGAUUUAUAAAAUGAUUGACGUUGCAUUUAUGUAAUGUAAUCGUAGGUAAAGAAAAAGUCUCAGUAUUGGGUGUUGCAACAGUCUUGAUUGUAUUUUUCUCUCAUUCCUUUCCCCAAGCAUGAGUUUUUUUGAUAGCGCUGUUCUUAGUUUUUUUUGGAAAUAACUAUUAAAAGAUUAAGUUUGAAAAUAAUUACAAUUUAGAUGACGAUACUAUUGACUAACCAUCUAAACUUGUCUAUAUAUACAUUAUUUUUCCAAAGUAUGAUACAAUAUUUCUAAGGCUAGUCCAGAUGCAGUCAUAGAGUGAAUGACUCAUUACAUAUGUGCAAAGUUAGGCAUUCAUAUUCUGAUGGGGGGCUCACAGCCGUUCAGGCCAGUUCUGACUCUUUAAACCCAUAUUUAGUAGUACACAAGAGUCAAGAAACACAGCCCUGAUAACAUGCUAUCAGAUGCACUCUUAGCAUGUUCCAGCUUUUCACAGCAUCUCUGUAGUAUUGAGUGUCAAUGAGAUUGCUAAAGCCUGGAAUAUGCUAUUGAUGAUACUUUAGUUAGCAUCAUUGUCUUAUGAGUGCUUUGCUUCUUGUGUGUGUGUAUGUAUGUGUGUGUGUGUGUGUGUGUGUGUGUGUGCGCGCGCGCGCGCUACUAAUGGGUCUCCAAGACCCAUACGUGUGUCUAUGGCUCAAUUCUGAAAUCUGGCAUGAGAUCGGCCUUUUUUUCCAUGUAGUACAGUUGGUUAAUUGCAAUUUGAUGAUAUUCUUCAGUUCUGGAGUUAUUUUAUACUUAAUAAUGUUCAUGCAUGAUAUUUUCAUUUUGUCAGAUGAGUGGCUUUUCUUACAUCUCUGGUCCAUAUUGGCUUGAUAAAAAUUAAGCAUUGAUCAUGUUUUCAGUCCAGUUAGUUUACUGCUACUCAAUCUGUUCUGAAAUAGUUUUAUUGUAUAAUUGGGGGAUCUCAUGCAGCAUUGUGGAAUGUGGGCCCUGGAAAGAGAAGUCUUGUCUUCCCCCUGUAUUAUUUUUCCUGAUGCAUAUGUUGUAGAAUUGCCAAGAUUGAGUUGUUGCCUUGUUCCAGCAGUGGUCAUACAGUAUAUCAUGCCAUCAUAUGCAAAUUGGUGAUUUAACUUGGACUCUAGGGACAAAAAUGAAUCUGUUGAUUCUUACCUUGCACCACCGAUCUAUGCACCAGUAAGCUGAAUAAUAUCAGACGAAAACCGUGUUGAAAAUUCUUAAAGGUGCCGAAAUUACAAUCCACAGUAUUUAUCACGUGCUAAGAAGCUUAUCUUCAAUAGCUUUUGUUGAGAGGCACAUUUUACAGGUCAUAAAUUUUAUGAGAAAAAGUAUUUCUUUAGGUAUAUAUGUGUGUGUGCGUGCAAUCCUAAAAUUCCUUUAUGUAAUGUAAUGGCAUGUGCAUUUUUAACCAUAUGCUAAACUUUCUCGAAUGAAAACCAGUGUGAAGAGUGUUCUCCUCAUCUGGGAAAUUUUCAUAUGGUACUUAGUCUAGACUUGGGUUUAUGUUAUUCCCUAUGUCAGUGAUGUUACUACAGUUAAACAAACAAAACAAAAAAAAAGCUAUUAUUCUCAUGCAUGUGUGUUGCAAGGAGAAAUAGUCCUUCCACACGUAAUUAUAUCUUGUUUUCAGUUUUAGACAGUUUGUAGUGGGUGAAGGCUGGAACUUGGCAAAAAUGUGAAAAAAAAAAAACAAAUCAAAAAAUUUAUUUAUUGCACAAACAGUGUUGAAUUAGAUAGCAGUUCCACCUCAUAAAAGAUAUGUGCCUCAUGUAGUUACCUAUCAGACUGAAUAUGUCUUUCAAUAAAAUUACAAAGUAGUCAAAUUUAUUAUAUAUAUAUAUAUAUAUUUAUAUAUAUAUAUAUAUAUAUAUAUAUAUAUAUAUAUAUAUAUAUAUAUAUAUAUAUAUAUAUAUAUAUAUAUAUAUAUAUAUAUAUAUAUCUAUAUAUAUUAUUGUAUAUUAUAGUUCAUACUAAUCACUAUUUGGGGUUCAUUAUAAAACAUAUAUCAUUUGUUAUUAAUUGGUAUCUCCAUUUCUACACUAUCCAGAGUAAAUACUAUACACAUUCUUGAGUUCAAACUAUUAAGAGCAGUGUCCACCCAAUUUGAGUUUCACUACAAAAACACGGUAAGCAGUGAUUUUAGUCCUGUCAUACAAAAAAAAAAAUAUUUAUUAAUUAUUUUCUUAGUGAAAAGUCUUGUGAAAGUUUAAGGGGGAAACAUCCAUCCGGCCCCGUAAGGGUGUUCAAGUGAGGAUGCAUUUGAAGAUAUCCAACGUUCUUCCAGAAGCAACACAUCUUGUAAAUAAAGAAUAGUAAAACACUGAAAGGUAAAAUAUAAUAUAAUUUUGAUCAUAAUAAUAGUAAUAAAAAUUUACACAUAAGAAAUGCAUUAGUGUGUAUAAAGGAAUAUAUAUAUAUAUAUAUAUAAUCUAAAAUCUAAAAUAUACACACUGAUCCAAGUAUGCGGAAAAACCACAUGUGAAAAAUAGAGAAUGCUAAACGCGUUUUCGGCUCAAUUCGUCUUCAUCAGAGCCUUUUAGAAUCCAGAAUAGAGAAUGCAUUUAGCAUUCUCUAUUUUUCACAUGUGGUUUUUCUGCAUAUAUAUAUAUAUAUAUAUAUAUAUAUAUAUAUAAUAUAUAUACUAUAUAUAUAUAUACAUGCAUACACAAAAUUUAUAAAUGUAUAUAUAAUAAAUUACCACAAAUACGAAAAACAAAUACAGUUCGGGCGUUCUCUUUGCCACCCACCAGACUUGUUUUCUCGUGUUGCAGACAGAGAGCCAGUUAGGUUCGUGCAGGGGUCCCUCCUAGCCUAACACCCGACCUUCCUCAGGAUGCACUCCAUAACAGUUGCCGAAUUCAAAGGUUGUUAUUUAAGCCAAGGUGAACGGUCAUUAGGGGUAACUAAACGUGCCAACAUGUCGCGUUCUGCCCAUGAAUCAAACUCGGGAUUGUUCGGUGUUGAGCUGGUUGUGCUGCAAAUGCUGUACGCUAAAGGUGUCCUCGCUGCCUCGUGGCUAAAGUCGUGAUGUUUCUAACUGAACUUGACUAGGAUUCAUAAAGUGUUUGAAGUGUCCACUUAUGUGAAACCUGUGCAUCUUUCCUCAGUCAUUGCUGCUUGGGUUUCACUUAUUAGUAAACAGUUUAGGAGUGCUGAAGCAGGUUGUUAUGAGAUUGUCUUAUUACAAUAUUAACCUUGGGGUGCAAAGAUUGGAAACUUGUAAACUGUUUGAAUAAAUGCAAACCAAGCAGUCAUCUUCUGGAAGGAUGUACAGGUUUCAUAUGUGGAAACUGAAAUGCUUGAUGAUUUCUGGCCCGAGAGAGAGAGAGAGUGAGGAAUGACUUGCUGUUAUAGGUGUUCGGGGGAGGGGGAUAAUGUGCUACACACUUUUGCGUUCAUCGCAGGGAUAGAUCUCUUGGCUUUGAUGGUAUCUAGCAAGGUCCAUGUUUAAAGGCACUCUGGUAUUAAGGUGAAGGUGAAGGCAGGGACCUACCGCCAUGGACAAUCAGGCAUGGUCAUUAAUGAGGCACUGCCUGGCCAAACAUGUCAUGUAACCCCAAGACUUGAAAAGUGACUCUGGCCAUAGAAAAUAGAGCAAAAAGGAUAAAACCCACAUCAUAAAUAAUGUUCAGAGAAAUUGCCAACACAUCACUAAUACUAAUAGUUAAGGCAGAAAUUGACAUGUUCUUGCUAACACACUUUAAUCAACCAGACUGUGAGUUUCAAGAACCAUUAUUUAGGCUCUUUACCCAACCAAGAGAAUGCUCAUUUGUAUUAUAAAAAAAAAUACAAUAUAUGGGUGCCCCCCAAAUAAAAUGGUGAAAUACUUCUUCCAAUCAUUUGCCACAUCAUCUUUACCAUGGAGAAAAGUAAUUGACAAGUAGCUAUGUAAUUAUUUGAGUGUAAAUUGCCAUUGGUUUUCUUCAUGUCAAUUUGGAAACAGGAAGUCAGCAGCAUUGACCCACCACUUGCAUGUUGUCAGUGCACUGUGUGUGAAAAUGACUUAAGAAAAAUGAAGCAGCAGAGGUGCCUUUCAAAUAUUGCCAAGAGUACAGUAACAGCGAGUCACUACUAGAGGCAUGUAACGCGAUACCAAAAUAAUUUCAACUAGAAAACGCUCCCAGGAAGGCCUGCAUGUCAGCCAACGGCCAUUAGAUAAAGGUAACCCAUUAUGAAGCUCGGGGAGAGGAGCCACUCUCAUGGUGUAAGUUCACCCCAAGAGCAGAGAGCCCCCACAUUGCCAAUCUCAGUCACGAGGCUCGACUUUUCGACCAGGGACACUGCCGACUGAUUGUCAAGUCUGUUUUAAACUGUGGAGUCUAUGGGAUCUGUGAGUGAUUUGCAAUUAAGGCCUAUGUGUGGUUCUCGUGCAAGAUUUUGGGGCAUGUCCAUGGUGACAUAUAGCAGUGAGUGUGGAGCUAGUGGGAAGACCCAAAACUAGAAGUUUAAUACUUAUUACCUGUCUUUAGCUAGUCCUUGUUUCACUGGGGAAUAAAUUAUAUAAUGGAGUGUAGUGCAACGGAAAAGUUGAUCUCUAUGAAGCUUAUGAAAGGCAGAGAUAAUAUUAUAGAUAAUUUCUUGAUACCCAUAAGUCAUACCCAAGCUUGACUUAUUGUAACUUGACUUAUUGUAAAAGAAGUGAAGUGUAUGGCAUUGGAGACAUGAAUUGUGUGUUGGCAGAGAAGCAAAUUGUGUACUCACCUAGUUGUGCUUGUGGGGGUUGAGCUUUGACUCUUUGGUCCCACCUCUCAAUUGUCAGUCAACUGGAGAAAGAUUCCUGUGUGGUGAUAUAGGUGAGGGGUGGCAGUUAUGUGAGGUAUGAGGUGUCGUACAUGUACUCACCUAGUUGUACUCGCCUAGUUGUGUUUGCAGGGGUUGAGCUCUGGCUCUUUGGUCCCGCCUCUCAACCAUCAAUCAACUGAUGUACAGAUUCCUGAGCCUACUGGGCUCUGUCAUAUCAUGUAAGAUGGUAAUGAUUCAAGGUGUGGGGUGGCAGAGAUGAGAGGUGUGGGGUGGCAGGGAUGAGAGUUGUAGGGGUGGCAGGGAUACGAGGUGUGUGAGGUGGUGGAUAUAUGAGGUACAGGGUGGCAGAGAUGAGAGGUGAGGCUUGUGUGAAUGGUUUAGACAUACAGUAUAGAGAGACGAUGACAGAUGAUAAGUUGGCCAGGAUAAUAAACAAAGGGGUUUAGAGAGAUGGGUAUACAACCAACAUCAUGGUAAGGAAAAGAAUAAUGGCAUUGUUUACAUUGUAUGCUUGCAAAAGUUGUUCAGAGACGUUCUGUCAAGGUCAUUUCCGUUGGGGAAACAAAGCGUCACAGAUGUCGAUACUGUAAUAGAACACCGAAACAAUGCAGAAUCGAGGCUUUCUAUUUUUGUAUUCGGCAUGCAGUUUAGUUCAAGCAAGAUUACUCUGAAAAAAUGUUUUGAUUCAUAUUUUAGAACUAGGUGCUUGAAUUUAUUUUGUUGAUACAGUGUACUAAUUAAUUAAUGUACAGUAUUUUAACAUGAGUGGGGAAAAAAUGGCAGCUCUUAGUUACAUGUUUUGUAUUACUGAUUUGUCUGUGGGUUCAUUUGAUGCUGUGUCCUCCUGGGAAUGGUCUUUGGAACUGGCAGCUCUGAUAGAAGAGCCUCCCUCUUGUGUAAUCUCUUAGUUGUAAUUCCAGGAGUUGAGCCGCGGCUCUUGGGGUUUUGCCUCCCGACCCUUCAUCGACUGGUGUAUAGGUUCUAGAGCCUAUUUGGGUAUGUACUCUCCUGUAGGUGCUGGUGACCUCUACUCAUCAUUUUAAUCCCUCAUUUCUUAGUCUUUUGUGCAAUGGAUAUUUAGCUUUAUUUACUUAUAUUAUUUACUAAGUUGUUAUUGUCAUUAUUAUUAUUAUUAUUAUUAUUAUUAUUAAAAUUUAAUGUCGAUUCAAUCUACACAGUAAUUUCAUCUUAUGGAAUUUUGUUCCUACUAGAAGUGUUGUCUAUUCUGGAAGAGCAUCGGGUAAUUGAAUGCAUCCCCACAGUAUUGUUCAGCUCUUGAAAAUAUUGAAAAAAUAAAAAUGGUAAGUGAAAAGUGCCAUUUGCAUAUAGGUUCACUAGAUAACUUCAUAUUGAUUUUCAAAUAUUACUUACCUGUUGGAAUAUUGACUACUAGGAAGGGACAUCAUUCCCAUCUUAUCUACAUCAUCUAUUAAAUCAAUAAUACCAAUUGUAUGUGUAGUAUACAUUAGUGAACAGUUUCCGUACCCCUUGGUCUCUGUAAAGGUUUUUUUUGAGUUCAGUGAUGUCUGUAUGUUUGAAAUUUACUCAGGAUUGUGAGUUGUCACACCUCACAUCAUGGUAUUCAAAUCAUUUGUCAGGGAGCAGCUGUAAAGUAUCACCUUAGCAUGAGUAUGGGACCAGUUACACUUUGCGGGAACCAUUCCUUACAUCAUGCGGUAAGCUAGAUAACAGUUCUUUGUUAGUCCCCAUUUAAAACUAUUUUAAAUCUGGGUGGUGCCAGUUAGACACCGUUAGACACCCAUUGGUUUCAAACCAAAAACAAUAAAAGUGAAGGCUACAAAUAAAACAUUUUGUUUUUUAGUGGCAAGACUUAGGACACAAAGGUCAUAGAGUCAGAGAUAGAUACUUGAACCUUUCCAGCGAAGUUUAAAUCUAGAAAUAAUAAACAGUACCUCAGUCAUGUGUAAUGUUUCCUAUUUACUGCAAGAGAAGUUCAAAAUAAAGUUUCUCCUGUAAUUCGAGAGAAUUCCCAAGCCUCAAGCUUGUUUAGGUUCGGAACUAGAGUGAACUAGCAUGUAAUCGAGAGGUACAUCUCAAGGCUCGGGUACUGCUGUCGGCCAUUCCACUGGUAUUCGGAAAUGACCGGGUGUUAAUUCAUUAUAAUUUGUGAAUAUAUGUUAUGAUUCAAAAGCAAGCUUUGACCCCCUAGACAAGUUAUCUAAUAUUUCCUUUGGGGUCUUUUGUAUAUUAAAAUUCCCAGCCAACCAAAUUGACCACAUUGAAAAGCUUAGCAGUCAAGCAAUGAUGCUUUGUUCUAUGCAGUAGUAAUAAGAUAAAAUUCUAGUAGUUAAAUUUGAUAUCACUAUAUGUUGCCUUAAUGUGUUAGUGUAUAUAGUGUGUGUGUAUAUUACCCUGUGUACAGAAAACUAAUUUUCUAAGAGUGUGCAACCUGCGAGGCGAUGGAUGAGCUUGUGAAUGUAAAAGCUUACCAAUUUAUUAUUGAAUAUUCUUUAUUGCUUAUUUACUCAAACCUCUUAUCUUUUUUUUCCUCUAUUUUACAAGGUCGCCUUUGAUUUAAGUGUUGCCCAUCAAUAAAUAUGGGCAAAAAUUAGGGUAUGAUAACCAUAAAUUGUUAUUUGCUAAAGAAAAUUAUCUUGUCUUUUUUUUUUUUGUCAUACACAAGAAGAAUCAUGGAUAUAAUUUUUUCUCUCAGGAAUAUCUGUAUUCAUGCACUUUGCAUUCUACUUUCCUUCUUCCCUUCACUGUGAAUAUAAAUCAUCACAGUAUUUGGUAUAAUUAUAUAUGCUGUAUCUUACAUAUAUGAUUAUGGCCAAGAUUCAAGACACAUUUUUUUUUAUAUAGAGAAUAAAACUGUGUAGACUGUUUUAAUAAGUUAUAAACAAGCAAGACAAUUCUGAGGAGUGGGGAAAGAGAGUCAUAAUCAAAUGCCCCAUAUCAAAUUCCUAGAAAAUGGCCUCAGAAGAACAAGAGAAAAUAACAAAUUUGUUGAAUUGGAAAUUACAAAUUCUUAGUCAGGUAAAAGAAGAUAGAUAAUUGUGGGUAAUAGGGUGAAAGAGUUGGCAUAUGCACAUCAUGAGCAGAGAUGUAAAUAUGUUUGAGUAAGCAUACAAUUGAUUAGUAAAAAAUGUGCAUGUAGAGUGAAAAUUAUUAGAAAUUGCAUAAUUUGAAAAUGUAUAGCAUGUACAGUAUCAGCUUUACUGAUGGCAAAGUUCUGCCGACGAUUUUGAUAGGACGAUUCAGUGACCAUUAUAUAAUGUGGUUUUGUGAGUGCAUGCGUGUGUGAUUUCCAGUAUUAUAAGUCGAGGGUUGCCAGGAUGUAUAGGAAUUAUUUUUUUUUUUUUUUUUUUAAUCUCUAGAAAUUAUAUUUGGUUUAGGAUUAAAGGAUUGUCUUGAUUAACAAGUACUGUACCUGUCAAGUUCAUGGUAAAUUUUGGUGUUAAACCAGCUCUUUCUAGGUAGCAAAAGUUAAAACUGCCUGGACAUUAUUUUAAUACUCUGCCACCCCUACUCCCAAAACCCAAAUGUUUUUAGUAAUGGCUCUUAAGAAUAUGCAGUACACACACAUCAGGGCUCCUCAUUCUGUUGUAACAUUGUGGCACAUUACUCUGUGAUGGUUUUUAGCCAGUCUAUGUUUGGAAAAUGUCUAUCAUGGAGGGAUAUUUUGUAAUUUCAUUUGUUUUAAUAUACUGGGCUCAUAACCAUUAGAUUUAUAGGGCUAUACUGUGCAUUGUAUGUGCAAAAUUAUUGGAUAGUUGUCAUACGAGACCAAACUCAACAUCGGCAAUGUAUGUAUUCGUAUACAAACCCAAAACCCAAAUCUUGUCUGCAACUGGAUUAGUUACAUUUUUAGCAUGUCUACAAAUGUUUUGUUACGUUGUCCAUUAAAUUUUUUUUACGUAUUUCAAGACCUUCUAAAUCCGGGCAAAUGUUGUUUAGUAAUGCUUUGUUCAGAGGAAGAAUAUAUUUGACAGUAUACGGAGCAUACAAAACUCUGUUCAUUUCCAUAGGAAUUAUAGGUAAAAAGAAUGUACAUACUGAUUGCCAGAAAGAGUUGGUGUGUGAAAUGCAAAAAAAUAACCAUAUGCUUAUCAUCAUCAUUUAAGUUCCAGAUAGGAAAGGCAUGAAAGUGGUAGUCAUGAUCUGAAGAAAAGCACUGAGAAAGUAAUAUUAUGUUUUAAAUUCUUCAAGAACUAAUAACAGUACAGUAUUUGAAAUUACCUUAAGUAUUGUACACGAAAAUUCAAAUGCAAAGAAUGAUAAAAUUCUGAAAUUUCAUAAAAUAAAUAUAUAUAUAAUGUACUGUAUAUACAUACAUAUACAGCUUCUUAAGAGUGCUGUAUUUGUGUAUAUUUUCACAUAUAUAUUUGUAAAGAAUUAUACUUUGCAAAAAAAAAAAAAAAAGUUUGAAAUAUUUGUCUAGUUACAUCAUCACUAAUAUUGGGCACAGUUAUUUUUGGUUAAUUUCACAAGUUGCAUUAAGAAAAAAAAUUUCAAAUUAGACAAACCCUACAGGUACAGUACUUACUUAUUUGGUGUUACUUGCCCUGAUUUAGGCAAUUAUGGACGACUAUUACAACAUUAACCCAGUUUGUGGACCAUUGUCAUCGAACAUUUUUCAUAUCUAUUAAAUUAUGUGACCCCCCUAAUGGUUGUGUUAAAUUUUGAACUUGUUAUAUAUAAUGCAACAAGACCUGAAAAACUAUUACAGAGUUGUCAAAUACUAUUAUAUAAAGUCAAUCUACUUUAAUACUUUUUUUUUAUAUAUGAUAAUCAUCAUGAAAGCAAAUUUUUGUCGGGUAAGCCAGAGUUGGUCAGCAAUAUCUAACGAACAUUUGGUAACUGUAGUAACAGCGAGAGUAUCAUUAGGUAUUCCUGUUUCUCAUGGUGUUGUCCUUGGCCAUUACAGAGGCUAUACUGUAUAUAUAUAUAUAUUUUUUUUUAUCUCAUUUGACGGAGUUGCAUAAGGGGUUGUGGAAGGGGGGUGGGGUGACUGAAAGAGAUUAUAUGCCCGAAGUCUUGCCCCCUCUCUUGGUGUGUGUGUCUGUCCCUUCCCUUCCCUGUGGUUGAGUACUUAAAAGGAGAAUGACCCUAGACAGACGGAUCUCUUUCAGUUGUUUAUUGAUUGGAAAAAUGGCAAUUGGUGAGUUUGCUAUUAGUGUAAAUGUGGAAUUAGGGUGCAUUUUUUUUCCUUUAGUUGGCAAUCUCCCUGAUGUGAUUUCACAAUACGCCGGGUACAGUAUAAGCCGAACUAUACUGUACUUAAUUUUUUUUACAUGAUUUCUCAGAUGUUGAUCUUGUUAAGAGGAAAACAAGUGAUACUAGUUAUUCAUAUUUAUGUACUCUUACAUAUAUAUUUAGCUUUCAAUUCAUUUAUUUAUUUUUAAAGAUAAAAUGCACUUGGUUUGAUGUGAUAUGCAGAUUAUAAUUAAAAACUUCACUAACAUUGCAACAGAUUAAUAUUCAUCCAUCCAAACUAUACUGGUAAUAGAAGUCAAACUUUUAAAAGUGUAUACCUUAGAAAGAUGGAUUACGUGAUACAGAAUAUUUUAUUUUUGUGACUUAGCCGAAGAAACGAGGCACUCAAGGGGUCAUGUUCUCAAAGCAUCACUAUAGAAACACAUCGUAGGCAUGAACGAUACUGUUUGCAAUACAGAAAAAUUUCUUGUGCUACAAUAAAGCGUGAGCAUUAAUUUCAAUAUACACAGAAUGGGGGGGGAGGGGGGAGGUCUUCAAUAUGUUGGUGAGAAUUCGGCCAGGUAAAAAGUUUUUUGUAACAAGUGGCCAAUCAAUAAAGAAUUCUACACUGCC